GGGCGGGGCCGCCUAGGGGAUGAAGUGGGGGCGCUCGGCUCUUCAGCCUCACUCGCAGCUGCCGGGAGCUGGGGAGAGCGGCCCCCUCCUCGGGACGGGCGUGCAGACAUCUGACCCUGGAGCCUCUUAGCCGCCGGGAGCCGUCCCCUUGGGUCGUCGCCCGGGCCGCCCGCCGUUCCCCGGCCCCGAGGGGCCCGGCCGGCCGCGGUGGGGGGAGAGGUCAGCAUGAGCCGGGGGCCCCGGCGGGCCGGCGCCGGGCAGGGGGCGGCGGCCGCAGUGCAGCUGCUGGUCACCCUGAGCUUCCUCCCGAGCGUCGUCGAGGCCCAGGUCACCGGAGUCCUGGAUGAUUGCUUGUGUGAUAUUGAUAGCAUUGAUAACUUUAACACCUUCAAAAUCUUCCCCAAAAUAAAAAAAUUGCAAGAGAGAGACUACUUCCGUUAUUACAAGGUUAAUCUGAAGCGACCAUGUCCUUUCUGGGCAGAAGAUGGCCAUUGUUCAAUAAAAGACUGCCAUGUGGAGCCCUGUCCAGAGAGUAAAAUUCCAGUUGGAAUUAAAGCCGGGAGUUCUAAUAAGUACUCAAAAGUGGCAAACAGCACCAAAGAAUUAGAAGAUUGUGAACAAGCUAAUAAACUGGGAGCAAUUAACAGCACAUUAAGUAAUCAAAGCAAAGAAGCCUUCAUUGACUGGGCAAGAUAUGAUGAUUCACAGGAUCACUUUUGUGAACUUGAUGAUGAGCGAUCCCCGGCUGCUCAGUAUGUCGACCUGUUGCUGAACCCAGAGCGUUACACUGGCUACAAAGGGUCCUCUGCAUGGAGAGUGUGGAACAGCAUCUACGAAGAAAACUGUUUCAAGCCUCGAUCUGUUUAUCGUCCCUUAAAUCCUCUGGCGCCUAGCCGAGGAGAAGAUGAUGGAGAAUCGUUCUACACGUGGCUAGAAGGUUUGUGUCUGGAGAAGAGAGUCUUCUAUAAGCUUAUAUCGGGACUUCAUGCUAGUAUCAAUUUACAUCUGUGUGCAAAUUAUCUUUUGGAAGAAACGUGGGGUAAACCUAGCUGGGGACCCAAUAUGAAAGAAUUUAAACGCCGCUUUGACCCUGUGGAAACUAAGGGAGAAGGUCCAAGAAGGCUUAAGAAUCUGUACUUUUUAUACUUAAUUGAGCUUCGAGCUUUAUCAAAGGUCGCCCCGUAUUUUGAGCGCUCAAUUGUUGAUCUUUACACUGGAAACGUAGAAGAAGAUGCUGACACAAAAACCCUUCUACUGAAUAUCUUUCAAGAUACAAGGUCCUUUCCCAUGCACUUUGAUGAGAAGUCCAUGUUUGCAGGUGACAAAAAGGGGGCCAAGUCAUUAAAGGAGGAGUUCCGCUUGCACUUCAAGAACAUCUCCCGAAUAAUGGACUGCGUUGGAUGUGACAAAUGCAGAUUAUGGGGGAAAUUGCAGACUCAGGGUUUAGGAACUGCCCUGAAGAUCCUAUUCUCUGAAAAAGAAAUCCAAAAGCUUCCAGAGAACAGCCCAUCUAAAGGCUUCCAACUCACCCGACAGGAAAUAGUUGCUCUUUUAAAUGCUUUCGGGAGGCUUUCUACAAGUAUAAGAGAGUUACAGAAUUUUAAAGUCUUAUUACAACACAGUAGGUGCCACUGUGAGAAAGGACAGCUGUUUCCAUCUACGUCAGCAUCACCUUCAGCUGGAAGUUGGGGGACAGCCGACAGUCCAGCGCUCGGCAGUUUGCAGCCUGAAGUGCCCGCGGAACCCCUGGCUGUCCACCACAGCACGCAGACUGCUUCCGUGGGAUCGCGGAAAUGAUUUGGUGAAACGUCACAGACACAGACAUGCCCGCAGGUGGGUGUGCGUUCUAGCUUCAGAUCUGAACAGGUGCAGCUUUGAUUUUGAACACCGUUCUAAUAAUGUGUUGUGGUACCCACCAGACUGUAGAAAAUGUGAAUUAAAGUAAAUGUUUCUGCGA